AAGAAGCCCAAAGACGACCGUGUGUGGGAGGCGCCGCUCGUUUCCGGUGGUCGUGCCAAUUCGGAUGUAAAAUCUAGGGAAUCCGAGAACUGGAUUGCUCAAACUGCAAGCAAAUUUUCAAGUGUGAAUAAGCCCCAUCAUUUUCAUGCACAGUUGUUCUGCUUCUCAAAGAAUAGCCCCCAGCUCUGGGGAAAUCUUUCUGACUUCAAAAUGGUGAAGAGUGGGUUACUGGAGCAAGCUACCAAUUUCCAGAGUCUUGCUAGGGACCUAGAGCUCAAGAUGGCAACUUGUGAUUCCCAUUUGGAAAAGGGAAUGAACUGUGAAAAAGUGGAGACUAAGAAUGAUAGAAAAACUGUGCUGUUAGAGAAAACUAAUUGUCUAUAUGAAGAACUUUACAGUGAGAACAGGGAUAAAGGUGCUGUGCAGUACACGUUAGAGGGUCCGUUCUGGAAGUUCAGUACAGGGAAACAAAUAGUUCUCAAGAAGGAUGUUCUGGAGCAGAAGGAGAGUGCGUUUACUGAAGUGAGGAGAAUGAAGCUGAUAAUUGAGAAAACCAAAAGGAUGGAACAAGGAAAUGGAGAGACUUACUUUGGCAAAGAGCACCAGGUUUCUUGUUCAUCGGGCAGUGCGUUCUCUUUUGUGUGGCCAACCAGAGCUUCUGGGGAAACAAAGAGUGCUUUUAGCAAACCACUGAAAAAUCUAAUGGACCAAAGAGCAGUGGCUGCCACUUAUCAUCUGAAUGAUCCAUGGAAAGGCUCAGAGAAGCUGUCAGAAUGCAUCAGUGCCAUUGACUUCAUGAGGUACAAAAGCUUUCUGACUUCCAAGUGCUUUGUGGGUGAUUUGAACAGCUCUCAACUGCUGCAGACCAGCCUUGUUCAGAGCAACACUUUCCCUUAUGCUGCAGGACUAUGGCCAAGGCAAACAAAAGAGCACAUGCAGACCACAUCCACAUCAAAUGCAAGCUCUUCCUUUGCUUCCUUGACUCUGUUACCUCCUACCUUCACUUCCUUUGGUGUAGCAGCCCAAAACUGGUGUGCAAAAUGUAACCUCUCCUUUCGCAUGACAUCUGACCUUGUGUUUCACAUGCGUUCUCAUCACAAAAAGGAGAGCAUUUUUCCAGAGUCCCAUGGCAAAAGGAGGAGAGAAGAAAAACUAUCCUGUCCUGUCUGUCAGGAAUAUUUUCAGGAGCGGCAUCAUUUAUCUCGUCAUAUGACUUCUCAUUAUUAGGCUUAUUGUUGAUCAUUUGCAGUGUGUAUGUUUGUAGGUACACCCUUGACUUUGUUGAGUUACUUGCAUGUAUUUUGCAGCCAGAUUUAACUAGCAUCUUCUAGGAGGCAGCCAACUGCAAUGUUUUUAGAAAAAUACAAUACAUAGCAUGAACUUCAGCUAGCUAUAAUUCUCAAAAAA